GCCCCGGAGCGGCCUCUAAAUGCUGCGUUUAAAACGCGCCUCUCUGUCUAUGAGGGAAACCCCCCUACAGCUGCUGUCCUCUCCAUCUAAAGCAGCCCAAUGAGCUGCCUCCUGCUGCUGUGCUUGGUUUGGGGUUUACACAGACCGAGCUGAAAGUAGGUCGGGCUGGGCUUAAGCGGCUUAACUACGUCAGCCUAAGCUGAGAGGAAUUCAUCCAAAGCCCUCUGCUGGUAGGCGGGGGCCUAAAUGAGGCUGGCCUAGUUAAGCCUGAUUCUUAUUGUGAGAAGCAGAGCCAGUUUUUAUUGUGCAACGUAGCUGUGAGAGAGAACCCAGGACCAGAUUGUGAAUCCAUGCCCUUGUUAGGCAAAAGCUUAGGGUUAAUUCUUUUUUUCUUUAAGCAGAAGAGAAGGGAAUUGAGACAUGAAUGAGUGUUAGGCCAGGGUGUGUUUGGGGGACCAAGGGGGAAAGGACAAGUCCAGCAGAGUGGGGAGCCACAGUUCUGAGGUUGGUCUCAAAAAGAGGGAAGACAUUUUUUUUUCUAAAGGCCAGAUUUGGUCCAUCUCAGUCUGCUAUGCUGUAAGAUGGCCUCCAACUCCGUGUUCAUAUCCAGCAUGGUGGGUAAAGCUCGCUCUUCCAACUUCACCCUCUCUGAGAAGCUGGACCUGUUAAAGCUGGUCCGGCCUCACAUCCGCAUCCUGGAGGAGCACACCAACAAGCACGCCGUCAUCGUGGACAAGAACAAGUGCUGGGACAACGUGGCUGAGCAGUACAAUGCUUUGGGAGGGGACAGACCCCUCCGCACCGCCCAGGGCCUCAGGACCCUCUACAAGAGGCUGAAGGAGUCAGCCAAGCAGGAAGUGAUGCAGCGGAGACACGCCCAGCCCGAGUAUAGAGGGAGCAUCUCUGAGCCGACCAGGAGGAUUAUGGAGAUGAUCCCUCACUUGUUUCACCAUGUGCCCAUCCAUGAAAAGGACCAGGCACUGCGCAGGUUGAUAUAUAACAAGCACACUUCUGUUGAGCAUCCUGGCAGCAGCUCCUCUCUGGCUGGACUCCAGGAUUAUUCAGCACCUGUACCAAGUAUUACGCAUGAGGUGGUCCAGCUCGACCCUGAAGAGGAUGUGAAACCCCCGCCGGACCUCCCCGUCGUCACCCCGCACUCGGGUCCAUUGUUGGAUGGAUUUCAAGAGCAAGAGACGGAGCAGGACCUGGCAAGCACCCACAAUUACGAGGCAUCCCUGUCUCCCACUUCUUCCUCUGUUAACAUUGCGCUCUCUGCCUCGCCGAUGCCCUUGAGCCAGGACUUCUACGCUAACGACGUCUACCCUCGCCACGAGGCGGAUAGGUUUCGCCCUCUGCACCUGGCCAAAGAGGAGCACGAGCUGGUGUUGGCCAAUCACAGGAAGGUUGCUCUGUACCUAGAGGAGAAGAGAGAAGGUCUGAAGAGGAAGCAGGAGCUGGAGGAGGAGCUUUUAAGAGCCAAAAUCAAGGUGGAGAAACUAAAAGCUGCCCGACUGAGACACGGGCUGCCAAUUCCUCUAUAACAAGAAGCUACAUGCACUCAUUGAGCUUUGGAAAUAUGUUCACACCCUUUGAACCCCCCCCUUCCUCCCCAGUUCUAUAAUCUUCACUGGAUUUUAUUGUGACAUUAUGGGAUUAACACAAAGUAGUAUUAAAAAA